AUGCGGUUUGUUUCAACUGUCCUUCUUGCUCUCUCAUCGCUUGCUCCCAUAGCGAAUGCAUACGACGACCCAUUAAUACACCUCGAUUAUGGCUCCUUCCAGGGUAAAUACGACACCACCUAUAACCUCUCAUACUUCCGGAAAAUCCCCUUCGCUGCACCUCCCACGGGCGAAAACCGGUUCCGUGCUCCUCAGCCACCAUUGACAAUUACAAAUGGUACUUAUGACACCGAUCAAACUUUCGACAUGUGUGCCCAGCGCACGGUCAAUGGCACGGAGGAUUGUCUAUACCUAGGUCUCUUCUCGAGGCCAUGGGAUACGUCCAAGGAUAUCCGCAGACCGGUACUAGUCGUGUUUUAUGGCGGUGCAUUUAUCCAGGGUGACGCUGCGUUUACUAUGCCACCGUCCUCAUUUCCAAUCCUAAAUGGUAGCACAUUGAAUGAUUAUGUCGUGAUAUACCCGAACUACCGACUAAACGCCUUCGGCUUCCUGCCUGGAAAGGCUAUCAAAGAGUCUUCUACAUCAGAUCUCAACCCUGGCUUGCUGGAUCAGCAGUAUGUCCUGAAAUGGGUCCAGAAUAACAUCCAUCACUUUGGCGGCGAUGCUCGCAACGUCUCAAUCUGGGGCCAAUCAGCCGGUGCGGGAUCCGUCGUGGCACAGGUCCUUGCUAAUGGACGGAAUGGGAACCCAAAGCUCUUCUCAAAGGCUCUUGCUAGUUCCCCAUUCUGGCCAAAGACAUAUGCUUAUAAUGCACCCGAGGCGGAGGCUAUUUACAACCAACUCGCUAAUUUGACCGGGUGUGCUGAAAAUGGUCACGACAAGAAGGUUCUGGCUUGCCUAAAAUCGGUCGAUGUACAGACUAUCCGUGAUGCUAGCUUAAUUAUCGAUGCAGAGCAUACAUGGACGACCAGUUCGUAUACAUGGGCACCCGUCAUUGACGGCGAGUUUCUGGCCGAUACCUUGACCGAUGCCGUUAGUAGUGGCACACUGAAUACGGAGUUUGUGUGGGGGAUGUACAAUACCCACGAGGGACAGAACUUUGUUCCUUCGGGUCUACAAAAGGAUGUCCUCACGAGCGGAUAUAAUUCUUCCAUUGCGAGCUUCCAUCAGUGGGUGACAGGUUUCUUGCCUGGGUUGUCUGCGAAGCAGAUUGCUCAAGUCGAGAACGUCUAUUACCCCGUCAACGGGAGCACGGAGACGAUUGGGGAGUAUAAUACGACCUACAUUCGUGCGGGCUUGAUCUACAGGGAUGUGGUUCUUGCGUGCCCGGCCUAUUGGGUUGCGUCGGAUGCGCAGAGGAAGGGCUAUGUUGGAGAAUAUACUAUUUCGCCAGCGACGCACGGCAGUGAUACUAUCUACUGGAAUAAGAUUAACGCGGUUCAAACUACGAAUCCGGUUGUUUAUCAAGGAUAUGCCGGUGCCUUUGCAAGCUUCUUCCAGACGGGCGACCCCAAUGCCCAUAAAUUGACCAACUCCUCGGAGCCAGGCGUUCCAGAUGUGCAGAGUACUGGGGAAGAAUUUGUUAUUGUGGACCAUGGAUUUGAGAAUGUUCGCCUUGGGCAGCUACAGCAGAGGUGCGAUUUUUGGCGAAGUCUGGGGAAGAAAAUACCAAUCUAG